GAGGAGGAGGAGUCAUGGCCUGGGAUUGGUCAAAUGCAAGAAUACUAAACUAAGCCACUGUCACAGGGGUGGGACCCAGUGUGUAACAAGAGUUGUCCAGUCUGGGAUGGCACAGCCUGAUCCUCCUCUCUCAAACACAAGGUCUCAGCUUCCGCUAACCUCUUGGCAGAAUUGAGAAGAGGCUGUGCUGGAUUCUGGGAGAGACCUAAUGGGCAUAAAGAGGCAUCCCACUGGUAUCAAAGAAAGAUUACUCGCUCAUCUGUGAUUUGCUCCCCCAAACUCCCAGAUGGCUUUGCCUAGCCGCAGGUCCAAGAAUCCCAAGACACUGGCUUUCCUUCUAGUGGGUGUGACUUUUGUAGUGCUGCACCAGUGGCUCCUUCAGCAGCCCACGCAGGACAAAACGGAGGAACCCACGGCUGCUCCUUGGUCUUCCGCAGCAGCGGUGCGGCCUUUGCUGCUCCUCCCGUUGCCGGCUUGCGUGGCCAACGCCUCUGUGAACCUCACAGCUGGCUUCCAGCAGCUGCCGGUUCGCAUCCAAGACUUCCUGCGCUACCGCCACUGCCGCCGCUUCCCGCAGCUAUGGGACGCGCCCCACAAGUGCGUGGGCCCCCGGGGUGUCUUCCUGCUGUUGGCCGUGAAGUCCUCGCCUGCGAACUAUGAGCGGCGUGAGCUGAUCCGGCGUACGUGGGGCCAGGAGCGCAGCUACCACGGCAAACAGGUGCGUCGCCUCUUCCUGUUAGGGACCUCCCCUCCAGAAGAGGCGGCUCGUGAGCCUCAGCUGGCGGAUUUGCUGGGCCUGGAGGCGCGCGAGCAUGGCGACAUGCUGCAGUGGGACUUCAGGGACACUUUCCUCAACCUCACACUCAAGCAUCUGCACCUGCUCGACUGGACAGCGGAGCGUUGCCCAGGCGCUAGUUUCCUGCUCAGCUGCGACGAUGACGUCUUCGUGCACACCGCCAACGUCCUGGACUUCCUGGAGAUGCAGUCGCCUGAGCGCCACCUCUUCACCGGGCAGCUCAUGGAUGGUUCUGUGCCCAUCCGUGACAGCUGGAGCAAGUAUUUCGUGCCCCCGCAGCUCUUCCCAGGCAAGGCCUACCCCAUAUACUGCAGUGGUGGCGGCUUCCUUCUGUCCAGCCACACAGCCCGCGUCCUGCGCAGCGCGGCACGCCAUGUCCCGCUUUUCCCCAUCGACGAUGCCUACAUGGGUAUGUGUCUGCAGCGGGCCGGCCUGGAGCCCAGCAGCCACGAGGGCAUCAGGCCCUUCGGCGUGCAACUGCCCGGUGCACGACGGUCGUCCUUUGACCCCUGCGUGUACCGCGAGCUGCUGCUGGUGCACCGCUUCGCGCCUUAUGAGAUGCUGCUCAUGUGGAAGGCUCUGCACAACCCGGAGCUGCACUGUAGCCGCAGACACAAUGCAGAGUCUCCUCAGGACAGAGGGAAGCUGAAAACACGUCUUCCUAUUUGAACCGAUGCACACUGAUGUCACCUUGAGGACAGAUCUGGAAAGCACUGUAUCCUAGCGCAUAUUCCUGGCCUCGACUUCAGGGGUUUUGGUCCUAUUGGUCAGGGGUAGCUUCAGACAUGUAGGUGAUGCUUUUCUUGUUUUAAGCCAACUCCAAGACCUCUGGGCGAGGCAUAGCUAUCUGUUCAUCCUCACAUACCAGCCUUCCAGGGCACCCGCCUUCCAUCCUCCAUUCAUUGUGGGCAGCAAGAGAGGAGGCAUGGCGGCCAAGAUCAAUGUCAGCUGUCCAGUACAGCGCAAUUAUGAAUUGUCAUUUCCACCGUUUCUUCCACGGAUGAGUAGAGCUCCCAAAAGUCAGUGUACACUUGGAACUAAGGGGUGUCUGACAGCCUUGCUUCCCCCAUGCUUCAGGACUCCUGUGAG